AUGAAAUUAUUUGCUGAUGACGCAUCACUGUAUAGGAAAGGAACUGAUCUUCAACAAAUGGCUUCUGAUUUAAAUAAUGACCUAGUCAUGAUUGAUAAAUGGUCUCAACAUUGGAAAUUAUCUCUUAAUAUAUUGAAGUGUGGAACAAUGCUAUUCACAGUAAAACCUGUUCCUGCUGUUCUACCGCGUUUAUACAUUGCUAAUAAUCCGGUCAGGCAAACCACUGUUCAUAAACACUUGGGAUUGUUAUUAACUGUAAGGCUAGAUUGGACUACGCAUAUUGAUAAUAUACUACUUAGGAUCAAUAAACUGAUUGGACUAUUAAAAUUGCACAGUCGUGUGGUAAAUCGACAAGCAUUAGAUAGCGCACAAUAUCGUGCAGCAUUAGCUGUUACCGGUGCUAUGUGUGGUAGUAGUUCCGAAUCUAUUCUAUCUGAUCUUGGCUGGUCUUGUAUUCGUGAUAUAUUUAAGCAACGUAACUAG